CAUGUAAAACUAAUAGCCCCUGCUUGUCUCUGUAGGUCCAACCCAUCUUUUUGACCCGGGUGAUUCAGUGAGGGUGGAGAUGACGGAGGGGGACAGCUGUCUCUUGACGUGUCCACUGACGGACCCCAGGGCCACCAGUUUCUCUCUUCGCAUGCAGAACGGCAGCUCCACCCCUCCAGGCAUGAGAUACACCACGGACUCCAAGGAAGGCAUCACGAUCCACAACCUCCACCUCAGCUACAGCGCGGACUACGUCUGCAGCGCGUGGUUCCGUGGGGUCGAGAGCAUCUCCAGGAUGUUCUCGCUUGAAGUCUUUCCGAAGAUACGAAACCCGCCAAGCAUUUCCCUGGAGAAGCAUGAGUACAUACGCAUCGUUGGAGAGAGUCUGAACAUCACGUGCUACACACACAAUCCAGACUCCCUCUACCUUGUCAAAUGGGAGCACAACUCCAAAACCACAAAGGAAUGGAAGAAGGUGGACUGGGAUGAUAAGGGAACAAGAGUCGACAGAGUUUUGACUGUCCCAAGAGUAUCCAUGUCUGACACAGGGAACUUCACCUGCAGGGCCACCAACAAAGUGGGAACCAGCAGAUCCACUGCAUUCCUUCAGGUUGUAGAAAAGCCGUAUGUGCAGCUGUCCUCUGCCCUGCGUCCAGAGCUAACUCUGAAUGGCACAGCUGUGACAGUGACUGAGGGGGAGGAUGUGGAGCUGAGAGUGGCAAUCCACGCAUACCCCCCCAUAGAGGAGUGCUGCUGGACCACGCCAGGGCCUCACAACAUCUCCUGCAAAGGGCCAACGCUUCACAACAUCAGCACCAGGUAUGAGGAAUCUCUGGUGCUGGGGAGAAUGACUGCCGACGAGCAAGGCCAGUACAGCUUAUACGCUACAAACCUUCAGGUCACCCGGUCGCUCACCUUCACCAUUAAGAUCUACCAAAAGCCCGUUACUCGCGUGAGGAGGUACAACAGCACCCUGACUUGCAUCUCCUCUGGAUACCCAGCACCCGAACUGGUCUGGUACCAGUGCUCAGGCAUCAGAAAUUCGAGCUGUGGGAAUGACAGAGAGUCCCUGGAGCCCCCCCCCACGCAGACGAUGACGGCGCAGAGAAAGGACUAUGGGCCAGUGGAAGCAAGGAGCGCGCUGAGUUUGAGUGAGCCCUCCCUGGAGAGGACCUUUGAGUGUGUGGCCUCUAACGUGGUUGGAGAGAGCAGUGACAUGUUGACCCUGCACGAGCCUCCUCCAAACACUCCUCACGCCUUGUCGAAGAUGUUCAUACCCAUUCUGUCUGGAGCUGUUGGGUUGGCCGGUCUCUUCCUGCUGCUGCUGAUCAUUCUGUUUUAUAAGUACAAACAGAAACCCAGAUAUGAAAUCCGAUGGAAGAUUGUUGAGGCCUGCGAUAGCACCAGCUUUAUUGAUCCUACCCAGCUUCCGUAUAAUGAGCAUUUGGAAUUUCCCCGGGAGAAGCUGGAACUUGGAAAAAUACUGGGUGCAGGAGCUUUCGGGAAGGUGGUGGAGGCGACCGCUUACGGCCUGGAGAAGGAGGACGACAUCGUGCAGGUCGCCGUCAAGAUGCUCAAACCGAGCGCUCGCUCCGAUGAGAAGGAAGCCCUAAUGUCGGAGUUGAAGAUCUUAAGCCAUCUGGGGAGGCACGAGAACAUCGUCAAUCUGCUGGGAGCCUGCACUCAUGGAGGCCCGAUACUGGUGAUCACUGAGUACUGUUGCCACGGAGACCUUCAGAACUUCCUACGGAACAAGGCGGACACCUUUCUGAAUUUCCUCCUGAGCUUGCAAGAGAACGUAUGGGACUACAAGAACGUGCACCCUAAGAGGAUGUCGACCAAGAGUGACAGCGGAGUCUGCUCCUUACAUUCUGGGUGUAACCAGAGACCGACAUUGAUGUCGACAGGAUCUUCUCAGGGUUCCUUGUGUGAGGACGACGAUUCGGACGGCUGGCCGCUGGACAUGGACGACCUGCUGAGGUUCUCCUGCCAUGUGGCCCAAGGCCUGGAAUUCCUCGCUUCGAAAAAUUGCAUCCACAGAGACGUGGCCGCGAGGAACGUGCUCCUGACAGACUCCCGAGUGGCUAAGAUCUGUGACUUCGGCCUGGCCCGGGACAUUAUGAAUGACUCCAAUUAUGUGAUCAAAGGAAAUGCCCGCCUGCCCGUUAAAUGGAUGGCCCCGGAAAGCAUCUUCGACUGCGUGUACACUGUGCAAAGUGACGUCUGGUCCUAUGGUGUGCUGCUCUGGGAGAUAUUCUCACUGGGUAUGAACCCAUAUCCGGGAAUUCCAGUAGACAUCAAAUUCUACGAGAAGAUUAGAAACGGUUAUCAGAUGACCCAGCCAGAGUUUGCCCCCCAGGAGAUAUACGCGAUUAUAAAGAUGUGCUGGCACAUGGACCCUGGCAGACGGCCCACCUUCCAUGACAUCAUCCAGCUGAUCGAGAGGCUCCUCUGUGACCAGGCAUUGCAGCCGAUCUACCAGAAUGACCAGCAAACUGCGCUGGGCCAGCAGGCGUUGUCGUACGACUGUCCAGUGGCCUGUGGGCACCCCGGUGACCCGUCAUGUCACCAUCUACAUGAAGAUCAGCCUCUCAUGACGGCCAACAACUACCAGUUCUGCUGAGAGCUCCACCUCAGCGGUGUUCCAUAAGGUUAUGGGGUCUCUGUUCAUCACUGUGUUCAAGCUGUCCCCCUUUGCCCACCAUUAAUAUGACACGCCGCACUUAGUAGAAAUGCUCAAACUUUGGAGUAUAAAGGGAAAAAAAUAAUAGCAAAAACCACCCCUUACAGAAGCACGAGGUCACUGGUCACCUAAUUAUAUGUUCACACUUUUUAGUUUCUAAAAAGACCAAAAUGCUCUAUUGCACAAUGAUAUGGAAACGAUUUACUGCCUAUUGUUUAGUGAACUGGAACUGCAGACAUUCCAUUAUAUCUCUCUGUACAUACAGUGUUUUUUUUCAGUCGCAUUAUUGUUAUUGACAUUGUUGUCAUUUUCUGUUUGAUCUUUGUUGUCACGACGAUAUGAAGUCAAUGGCGUGAAGUAUGCCCCAAGCAUGUGACGCGUGAGUCAUGUGAUACAUUAAUCAUGUAACACGGGAGUCAUGUGACACAGGUGGGAGGAAGCUAUGAGGCCUGAGAGUGGACAGAAGACAAAAGGUGGCUGUUUCGGGAUGUAGGGAAACACAAGAAAACAAAAUCUAGCGAUACGGUUGGGUGUCAGGAUCCCGUCACCUUACUCAACCACAAAACUUCAGCACCGUCUUGUGAUGCGUAGCCAGAAAUUUAGGCUACAUUGUUAAUAUUCACCCAAAUUAUGCUCUGUGAGAUUAUUGAGAUUCUCAAUAAAGGCAAAACAUCAGCAUUAAAUUUCUGUGUGCAUAAACUGUCCGUCAUAAUUGCUUCCAAGUGACAAUUCCAGUUACACAUCUUGCAUAUUCAUGACUUGUGAUUCCCAACACAUUUGGAUAUUUACCCCAUUUUAAAGACCCCUGCUAACAAGUAAAUAACAGAUGCCAGAUAUUUGGGUUGGGGUUUACUGUGGUGGCAGCUAGUGAUAAAUGCACAUGAAUCUGCUGUGUCUUACAAAAUAACCUGCAAUGUAAAACUUCUUAGGAGUUUCUAAUUCUUCACCUUUUUUGAGGUGCUGUCGUCCUGCUCUAACCGUGCCCACGUGUCACAUGGUUUUCUUUUUUUUCCAGAAUAUUCUUACUACCUCUUUUUUGCACAUUAGAAUCAGUGUAGCAUCUGUGCAGCAUGUAGUGUCUGUUAUCUAUCCAUCAGUCAAUCAGUGAAUAAAGGACAUGGGUUUGGGUUCAAUGUUCUAUCUAUCUAUCUGUCUGUCUGUCUGUCUGUCUGUCUGUCUGUCUGUCUGUCUGUCUGUCUGUCUGUCUGUCUGUCUGUCUGUCUGUCUGUCUGGACUCAAAAACAUAACUUUAUUUUUCGCCUAUUCAGUUCUUGUGGCUGCUUUGUAAAACUGUAAUACUUAUUUCUGUAAACUGUAGACAUGAGAGAGUUAAGAUGUAACUGUAGACGUGAGAAAUAAAGUUACUUCAGAGUUAUUAUA